CUGUGGUCUAGAGCUACGGAAAUCAGUCUGCAUCUUGGCCGUUGAUUUUCUUUUUUGGAGGGUCAGGUGUACGACUUUACAAAACCUCUUCAUUCUUUCUUAACAGAACUAAUAGCCCGCCUGGGUCACGGGGUUGGCUUGGUUGGCUUACAGUCUCGAGCCAUACCAUGGGACCCAAUAUCAAGGGUCGCUAUGAGCCUGCCCCUUCUGCCGAAGGGAACACAAAACGGCAAGGCGUGGAGGUGGGCUCACAUCGCUCCAGACGAUGGGUGCGUCGCAGGAGAAGCCUCAAGGUCAUUUCCCUGUCUUGCCUAGCAUGUCUUGCCUUCAUCGCCUUUGCCCAAUGGAAGCAAAUACUCCCGCCAACCCGCAAACCUCUGCCUCUGCUCUCAUCCAACCAACUCCAGGAGGACCUCCGAACCUGUUCUGAACUUCGCAAAAAGCCCCAGGACCCUAGAGGAAUCGGUCGGGAACGGAACGCGCGCCAUGUCCAAGGCCACAAACCGACUCUGAUUCGGAACGCCACUAUCUGGGUGGGAGAACCCGAACCAGGAACAUCACCCGAGGAAGCACGCGCCGGUAAGGGAUACUCGUGGGUUCGGGGCGACAUAUUCUCUCAGAAUGGUCUCAUCCAAAGGGUCGAGUCCCAUAUCUCGCCCGACUCGGUCCCUGAAGACACCCUCAUCUGGGAUGCCGGCGGCCGCCAACUUACCAGCGGCAUCAUCGACAUGCACUCCCACACCGGCGUGAGCCCUCUCCCCGACCUCGCCGGCACCGACGACACAAACGAACUCUCCAGCGACACAACGCCCUACGUACGCUCCAUUGACGGGUUCGACCCGCUCGACCCCCAGAUCCAGGUCAUCAAGUCGGGCGGCGUCACCACGUCCCUCGUCCUGCCCGGCUCCGGAAACAACAUCGGCGGCGAGGCCUUCGUCUUCAAACACGCCGUCGGCGACCGCGACGGCCGGCCCGAGAUCUCCGCCCGGGACAUGCUGGCCGACCCGGACCGCAACUGGCGCUACAUCAAGAUGGCCUGCGGCGAGAACCCCAAGCGCGUCUACGGCCGUAUCGGUCGCGGCCCUUUCUCCCGCCUGGGCGAGAGCUGGGAGUUCCGCCACGCCUUUGAACAGGCUGCUGACCUGGUCCGGAGGCAGGACGAUUGGUGCCGCCGCGCCGACACCCUGGGCUUGGAGAGUAUGGACGAGUAUCUACCCCGCGACCUGGCCUGGGAGACUCUGGGUGCCGUAUUGCGCGGUCAGGUUCAUGUGAAUACGCACUGCUAUACUGUUCCCGACCUGGAGGCUUUUGUUGAUCACACCAACGAAUUCAAAUUUCCCGUGCGGGCCUUUCACCAUGCCCACCAGACUUUUCUUGUUCCCGAGAUCUUGAAGCGGGCCUGGGGCGACCGGCCGCCAGCAUCUGCCCUCUUCGCCGAUAACAUGUUCUACAAGGCCGAGGCCCACGUCGCUUCAGAACACGCCGGUAAGAUCCUAUGGGACCACGGGUUGACGCCCGUCUACGUCAGCGACAACCCCGUCCUGAACGCCCAACACGUCGUCUUCGAGGCCGCCAAGGCCUACCGAUACGGCCUGCCCUACCACGCCGCCUUGGCCAGCGUGACUACAGCCCCGGCAGACCUGCUCGGCCUCGGCCAGAGGUUGGGCAAAGUCAAGCCCGGGUACGACGCCGACCUCGUUGUUUGGGACAGCGACCCGCUCAGCGUCGGCGCCACCCCGUUGCAGGUGUGGAUCGACGGAUACGCUCAGUUUGAAGACCCGGUCGAGCUUGAUAAUAAACCAGUAACGAAUCCCAUCACCCCGGAUGAGAGGCUGGGCGAAUCUGCGGAAGAGACUGAACAAGUCUUCCAAGACGUUAUCUUCACUGGUGUCACCAAGAUUCUCCUCCGAUCCUCGACGAUAGAAAGACGACGAACAACCAACGUCGUCGUCACAGGCGGUGAGAUCAUCUGCAUUGGAACCUGUACUUCCCGAAUAGAAGCGGCACCCUCGCAUCGCAUCAUACACCUCAAGAACGGGUAUCUGGUCAAGGCUUUCACUGCAUUUGGCGCUACCAUCGGGCUGAAUGCUAUAGACUACGAGCGCGACACGGACAACGGUUUCAACCCUAAGGAGUUUAGCCGCGCCAUCGACGGCCUGACCCUCGACAACAAGAAGCUCCAUGCCGCCCACAAAUACGGCAUCACCAAGGCCAUCUCGGCACCCCGAUUCAUGAGCGCACUAUCGCACUACGGAACGAGCGUCGGCUUCGUGACGGAUGCGCAGCACGCGCUGGAGAAGGAUGCCGUCUGGUUGGAGGACGUCGCCGUUCACUACACCGUGACGCUGGGUGCCAAGUCCGACGCCCAGCCUUCCAUCUCCGGCGUCUUUUCGACUCUGCGGAAAUCACUUUUGAAAGCCGCCGCCUCCGUCUCGUCCCGUGGGGAGGAAAAGGAGGAGGAGGAGACCGCGGAACCAUACUCCGAACAAGCCUACCUUAGAAAGGUCGUCAAGGGGGAGCUUCCGUUAGUCCUCACCGCGCACAGCGCCGAUGUUAUUGCGGCGGCAUUGCGGCUCAAGGACGACGUGGAGAAGGCUCUCGUCCGCAAGGCUUCCGACUCGUCGUCGUCGUCGUCGUCGUCACCGGCACGGAUGCGACUGGUAAUCCUAGGUGGGGCCGAGUCUCACCUCGUGGCUUCCGAACUGGCCGCCGCCGAGGUGGGCGUCGUCCUCGCUCCGUUCCAAUCUUUCGCUACCUCCUGGGACCAGCGCCGUGCCCUGACCGGCGCGCCUCUCACCAACGGGACCGCCAUCGACGCCCUCCUGGAUGCGGGCGUGGUGACGGCCAUCGGGCUGGAGGAGGAUUGGCUCGUGCGCGACCUUGGCUUGUUGGCGGGGAUUGCGUUGAAGAAUAGCGGGGGGAGGCUGGACGAGAUGACGGCGUUGGAUUUGGUGUCCAGGAACAUUUAUACCAUGCUGGGUAUUGAGGAACCGAAGACGGUGCGGUUUGUCGUUUUUGAAGGGAGUCCGCUGGAGAUUGAUGGGAGGGUUCGCGCUGUGAGUGGACGGGGGCAGGUGUCGGUGUACAUGCGGCAGUAGCUGUUCGCUUUAAUGUGAGGUCUAGCCUUUUUGGAUAUCUGGACGUCUUGAAAAAUACAUAACAACCAACCGGGGCUCGUUUCGUUGAGGCUACGAUGACAGGAUCCCUCGUGAUGCGCAUUACUAAGUUGCCGAGUCACGUCACACGAGGUUACUGUCGCUAUUAG